AUGGCGCCCGACGGCGGUCCCGACGGCGGCCACACCCUCGUACAGUUCCUCUCUCGCGUUUCACAACGCCGCGACGACGACGCUGAAGCCAACGCCGAAGCCAUCUCAUCCUCCAACAACACCAGCAGCAAUAAGGACGCCCUCCUCUCCGCGGCCGAAAUCGAGCGUCUUGGGCGCGUCCGCCCCGCCUGCUUCGGCAGCUGGUGGUCCGAGAUUGCCUUUGUGGUGACGGUCGUCUCGUCCAUGAUGAUGUCCGAGUACUGGAUCUCGGGCUUCAACAUUAUCCUGCCGCCCGUGUCGGCUGACCUCGGCAUGGCCGACUCGGAGCGCACGUGGCCCGCCUCGGCCAUCAACCUGACGACGGCGGCGCUGCUGCUCGUCUUUGCGCGCCUCGCCGACAUGUACGGCGGGCGCAGCGUCUUCCUCGGCGGCCACGCCUGGAUGUGCGUGUGGUGCCUCGUCGGCGGCUUCAGCCGCAACGGCAUCAUGCUGAUUGUGUGCCGCGCGAUGCAAGGCGUCGGCGCGGCCGCGUUUGUGCCCGCGGGUCUGGCGCUGCUCGGGCAGACGUACCGGCCGGGCCCCCGCAAGAACCUCGUGUUUGCCGUCUGGGGCGCGCUGGCGUGCGUGGGCUUUUAUGUCGGCAUCUUGGUGGGCGCGGUGACGGCCCAGUUUCUCAGCUGGCGCUGGUUCUUCUGGAUCGGCGCCAUUGUCGUCGCGGGCAUCGUGGUGGCCGGCUUCCUCAGCAUCCCGCGCGACCUGCACCCGCUGGACCCGAGCGUGCGGAUGGACUGGCUCGGCGCGGCGACGAUUGUGCCGGGGUUGACGCUCGUCGUGUUUGCGCUGACGGACGGCGGGCAGGCGCCGCAAGGGUGGCGCACGCCUUACAUUUACGUCAUCCUCGUCAUCGGGCUGCUGUUCCUCGGCGCGGCCGUGUACGUGCAGGGCUGGGUGGCGGCGCAGCCGCUGCUGCCGCCGGCGCUGUUCAAGCCGAAAUAUAUGAAGCGGCUGUGCGCGGUGCUGUUCUUCGCGUACGGCACGUUUGGUCUGUUUCUGUUUUACGUCUCGUUUUACAUUGAGACGGUGCUGCACACGUCGCCCAUCCUCACCGCCGCCUGGUUCACGCCCCUCGCCGUCGGCGGCAUGAUUCUCGCCGUCACGGGCGGCUUCAUCAUGCACAUGCUGCCCAACCGCAUCCUGCUGCUCAUCUCCACCGUCGGCUUCCUCAUCUGCGUGCUGCUGCCGCCGCUGAUCCCCGACCAGACGCCCGGCUCCGGCGGCGUCAUGUCCACGUCCAAGCUCUACUGGGCCUACAUCUUCCCCGCGAUGCUGUGCGGCACCAUUGGCGUCGACAUCAUGUUCAACGUGACCAACGUCUUCAUCACGACGGCCAUGCCGCACCGCCACCAAAACGCCGCGUCGGGCCUCAUCAACAGCCUGCUGUACCUCGGCCAGGCCUUUUGGCUCGGCAUCGCUGAGCUCGCCGUGUCGGCGUCGGUGCAGGCCCAGGGCGCUGAGCGGCUCGGGCCGCGGAAGCAGUUGCAGAUUGGCUUCUUCCUGGGUGUCGGACUGUCGGCGCUGGCGUUGGUGCUGACGGCGACUAUCAAGAUUGGAACGGCCAACGCGACGCUGACGGCGGAUGAAAAGGCAGCGUUGAGCGAGGCGGAGACGCAGGAGAGGCCAGAGAAAUAA